CGCGCCUCGCGCCCCCGCCCUUGCGGUGACCAGUGGUGAUCAGCGAUGACGUGUAGGUAGGGGCGGCGGCAGGGCCAGCAGGUCGCGCCACCGAUGAUAGCCGCGUUGCGGUAAAUGUCGUGCGGAUGGACGCCGCUGCCUCAUUGAUUUUGCCGUGAUCCCAGGGGCACGCGACACUCAGGCAAACAAGCCUCCCCCCCACCCCCAUUUUGCCUGUACCCCACUUCACUUCACCCGCGAACUGCCUGCCGUAUAUACCCUCCGCCACCGAGCGGUACGGCCGGGGUGGCGAGCGACGUGCACAGUGUUUUCGACGUUGCCGCGGCCGCGCGCGCCUUUCGUUUGUCCACGCGUAGGGGGGUGUGGUCGUAGAGGAGGGGUUUGACGUCCGCGCGCGGUGCGUCGUCCCGGACCGCACCGCCGUCGUCGUCGCCGUCCGACACCGCCUGGGGUGCGCCAAUGCGGCUGUAUCUCGCCGCGCUGAUACAGGACCGUACACGCCGGGCAUGCAAGAGACGCACUCCUCGUGGACGGUGGCGGCCGGGCUGCUUCUGCUCACGAUCGGGCUGCUGGCGCACUUCUACGGCGUGCCCGAGGUGGAAAGGGAGUUGGUCUCGGAGAAGGUGGCCCUGAAGAAGGACUCGGAGGCGCUCGGCCGUUUCCGCCAAACGCCGCAGCCGCUGCACCUCAUGGUGUAUCUGUUCCACGUCGAGAACCCCGAGGAGGUGAGCACCCAGGGGGCGCGGCCCGUGCUCACCGAGAAGGGGCCGUACAUCUACGACUUGUACCGGGAGCGGGUGGACGUCAAACUCCACAACGAGGACGACACGCUCUCGUACUUCAGCAAGAGCACCUACCACUUCAACAAGGACAAGUCCGGCUGCCGGACACCCAACGAUAUCGUCACUAUCAUUCACGUUCCCAUCCUGGGGACGGCUCUCAAGCUGCAGCAGGUGUCCUCCAUAGGGCUCGGCAUCUUUAACGACGCGGUGUCGCUGCUCUUCCAGAAGACCAAAUCCAUCUUUCUGACGACCUCGGUGGGGGAGCUGCUCUUCGACGGCGUGUUCGUCAACUGCUCGUACCCCGCCAACUCUUUCCCGGCCGGCGCCGUGUGCGAGGGGCUGCGGGCGCGGGCGCCGGCCUCGUACCGCCGGGAGGGCUCGGACUUCUACUUCUCCAUGUUCGGCCACCUGAACGGCACCUCCAACGAGCGGAUGCGCGUGAGUCGCGGGGAGGUGGACCCCCGCUCGGUCGGCAAGAUCACGGCGGUGAGGGGCAACGCCACGCUCAGCAACUGGCGCCCGGGGUCGCCGUGCAACCUGGUCAACGGCACCGACGGCACGGUGUUCGGCCCCUUCCUGCACGACGUGACCGUGCUGCCGAUCUACACGGCCGCGUCGUGCCGCUCGCUCUACCUGCUCUACCAGAACGACACGCAGCUGGGCGGCGUCCAGCUGCGGCGCUACGUCAUCGACGCCAACAUGCUGGCCAGCGGGCGGGACUAUCCGCCCAACAGAUGCUUCUGCGUCAUCCCCCCGCAGGAGCAGACCGACGGGGAUGAUGAGGAUUCGAGGCGACGACGCAGAUCGCCGAAGAUGUCGGACGAAGAAAAGGAGCUGCAGUCCUGCCUGCCGAACGGGGCCAUGGACCUUGCCCCGUGCUCCGGUUCUCCCGUUGUACUGACAUUCCCGCACUUUUAUCUGGGAGACCCAGUGUUUCUGGAUUAUGCGCGGGGCUUGUCUCCGAAUGAGGAGGACCACCAGACCAUUGUCGAUAUCGAUCCGUUGACAGGCAUCCCGUUGAGAGCCAAGAAACGAGUUCAGCUGAACAUGUUUUUGAAGAAAAUCGAGGACUUUACCUACCUGACUUCUGUCAGCGAGGGGCUCUUCCCUAUCCUGUGGAUGGAGGAGGGCAUCACGCUGCAGGGCGAGAGCCUGUCCAAGGUCGCCAAGUCACACAUGAUGCUGGCGGUGCUGGGCGUGCUGCCGUGGCUGGUGACGGCGCUCGGCGCGCUGCUCACCGUGGCCGGCCUGGCCUUCCUGACGGGGGCGGCGCAGGGCCUCGGCCGCGCCUGCAGGCCUCGGCCACCCCGCGUGCAGCAGCAGCAGCAGCAGCCGCAGCAGCCGCAGCAUCCGCAGCAGCAACCGCGGCAGUGGACGCCAAAGGGCGGGCCCAGGGCCACGCCCCUCCUCGGACCUAACCCGGGCCAGUACAGGAUGUCGGUGGGGUUCGAUCCGGAUGACAUGGCGUUCGCACAAAAGGCGCACUUGGCCUCGAACAACAGCAUAAUGCGCGGUGGCAUCAGGCAGUGACGUACGACCACACGACCCUGCCCUUCAAUAGACUAUUCCACUGCACUCGCUAAUCGCGAUACUCUCGUAAAACAAAUGCACCGGAAGUAUACUAAAACCGGCUCCAGAGGAUUUAUGACACCAAAAAACUGUACAAACUUGGCAAAGAAAUUCCAUGGGAAAGUAAUUUUUGUCACUUUUGAAUAGAUUCUAGGGCUCUAGACAGGCUAAAUUCCGUUUUGAAACAGCCAACUUCCGGUGCAUUAGUUUUUCGAGAGGUACCAGGCGCGGUUUUAAGCCCAGCUGACGGAUGAGACGAUGCACUGCGAGCAGGUGCCAAUUUUUAAGGGUUUUGUAGCUCAAAUUGCCUACCUUCUGCUCAGGCGGCUGAUUUAAGGGGCGAUUUGGGUGGGCCGAGAGGGUAGAGGAGGAUACCCAUGCCGCACUUGUUCAUAAAUGCACAUAGUGGCCGAGUGUGUUGCAUGAGCGGUGAGCGCGUGCUGGCCAUACCAUCCGAUGUACAGUCGCUCGACCCUAAGGACACCGACUGUGCACAGACCGUAGACGGCCCGAAAUUGUUUUUCCGAAUCAGAAUUGUUUUGUUUUCCGUUUGUUUGUUUGUUUGUUUGUUUGUUUGUUUGUUUGUUUGUUUGUUUGUUUGUUUGUUUGUUUGUUUGUUUUCUUAUUUUAAUAAAACUUUGACAAGAAAA